AUGCCGGGCGGGGUCUGCGCGGGCGCCGCUGCUGCUGCAGGCAGCAGCAGCAGCAGCAGCAGCAGCAGCAGCACGAGGACGCUGCGAAUCAGCAACCUGGACCCCUCCGUCAUUCUGGAUCAACUGAGGUAUGAUCUCUUUGAACUUUGUAAACCCUUUGGCGAGGUUUUAGAAGUAAUUGCAAAGAGAGAAAAAAGAGGAGAAGCUCUUGUGGUUUUUGCCGAUGAAGAAGCAGCAGCAAAAGCCUACAUGGCUCUACAGGGCCAAACCCUUUACGGCAAAACCCUCAGAGUGGACCUCGCGGACAACCCGCCGCCCCUGCAGGCGGAGAAGGUCUAG